UCCAUAGUGCUAAGUUAGUCACAUUGACAAGGCACUGACACAGCACAAAGCUGCUCAUGGUGUCCUGCGACUCUGGAAUACAGCUCUUCAAGAUGUUCAGGAAUGGGCUGAAGAUCAUGGGAAUCACCCCUAAUCUGGUCCCGGAGACCCUGGUUCCACCUGUGGUGCCUACCCUGCCCUCGGCGCGGGUCCGGCCUGCCCUGCACAGGCCCCGUAGGCGCAGCAGCAGCGGCAACAACAGCAGCAGCGGAGGUGACCCCACCAGGCCGUGGCCCUCGGGCCUGGCAGGCCCCAGAGGAAGCAUGGAGGUGGGCAUGCGCGUGGUGCGUGGCCUGGACUGGAAGUGGGGGAACCAGGAUGACGGUGACGGCCACGUGGGCACGGUGGUGGAGAUCGGGCGGCAGGGUAGCACCACCACACCCGACAAGACGGUGGUGGUGCAGUGGGACAGCGGCACGCGCACCAACUACCGCACAGGCUACCAAGGCUCCUAUGACCUGCUGCUCUACGAUAACGCCCAGAUCGGUGUGCGCCACUCCAACAUCAUCUGUGACAGCUGCAAGAAGCAUGGCAUCAUGGGGAUGCGCUGGAAGUGUAAGGUGUGCUUUGACUAUGACCUGUGCACGCAGUGUUACAUGAACAACAAGCACGACCUGGGCCACGCCUUUGAACGCUAUGAGACCGCCCACUCCCAAACAGUGUGCUUGGCCCCGAGGCAGAAUCUCCCACGGAUCAUCCUCAAAGGAAUAUUCCAGGGGGUGAAAGUGGUACGCGGACCCGACUGGGACUGGGGAAACCAAGACGGAGGAGAGGGUAAGGUUGGGAAGGUGGUGGACAUCCGUGGCUGGGACACAGAGUCCGGUCGCAGUGUGGCCAGUGUCACCUGGUCCAAUGGUACCACCAACGUCUACCGAAUGGGUCACAAGGGCAAGGUAGACCUCAAAUACGUGUCUGACGUCCAGGGAGGCUUCUACUACAAAGACCACCUACCAAAGCUCGGUGAGCACGCAGAACUGCAGAGGCAGGAGAGUGCAGAAGGCCACACCUUCAACCAGGGGGACAAGGUGAAAUGUCUCCUGGAGGUGGACAUCCUCAGACAGAUGCAGGAGGGCCACGGAGGGUGGAACCCCAAAAUGGCAGAGUACACCUGCAGAAUCGGGACGGUACACAGAAUCACUGACCGUGGAGAUGUCCGAGUCCAGUACAGCAACAACAUCCGCUGGACCUUCCACCCAGGGGCCCUAACCAAGGUGAACACUUUUGGUGUGGGCGAGCUGGUGCGAGUGCUGGAAGACAUAGACGGCGUUAAGAGGCUUCAGGCUGGCCAUGGAGAAUGGACAGACAGCAUGACACCCGCCCUGGGGCAGGUGGGCAAGGUGCUGAAGGUGUACGCCGACGGGGACCUGCGCGUGGCCUUCAACGGCCAGACGUGGACCUUUAACCCGGCGUGCCUCUCGGCCCAAUCCGUGGAGGUGGACGCCAACCUCAUGACGGCCGAGAACCCCAACGUAUCCGGAAACACAGUCAUUUCAGUCCUGGAGAAGCUGCUGUCUCAGUCUACAGAUCAGGACAACCCCAGCCGGCUGGUCAUCGAGGCGGCGCAUGGCAGUGCAAACAAAGUCCGAGAGCUUGUGCAGAAAUACCCUGACAAGGUGGAUAUAAAGAACCAGGGCAAGACGGCGCUGCAGGUGGCAGCCCACCAGGGCCACAUGGAGGUGGUCCUGGCUCUGCUGCAAGCCAACAGCUCGAUUGAAGUGAAGGACGAGGACGGAGACACCGCCCUGCACUACACGGCCUUCGGGAACCAGGCGGAGAUUGCACGGCUAUUGCUGAGCAAAGGGGCCAACGUGAACUUGCUGAACAACUCCAUGUGCACAGCGCUGCACAUAGCCGUCAACAAGGGCUUCACCGAUGUGGUGCGCGUUCUGUCGGAACACUCAGCCGACAUCAACCUACAGGACUCGUACGGAGACACACCGCUGCACGACGCCAUCGCCAAAGACUUCCGGAACAUCAUUGAGAUCCUGGUCGUGGUGCCCAACAUAGACUUCACCCAGCAGAACCACCGCGGCUUCAACCUGCUGCACCACGCAGCCCUCAAAGGCAACAAGCUGGCCACGGAGAAGAUCUUGGCUCGGGCGCGUCAGCUGGUGGAUGUCAAGAAGGAGGACGGCUUCUCAGCUCUGCACCUGGCCUCCCUCAACAACCACCGAGACGUGGCCGAGAUCCUUGUAAAAGAGGGCCGCUGUGACGUCAACAUCCGCAACAACCGCAACCAGACGCCGCUGCAACUGGCGGUGACGCAGGGCCACGGGGACCUGGUGCAGCUGCUAGUGGUCGAGGGCGCGGACGUCAAUGUGGAGGACGAGGAUGGGGACACGGCCAUGCACGUCGCCCUCAGCCGCCCGCAGCUGGCCAACGCCACGCUCACCCCCGCCACCACCAGCACCACAACCACCACGCAGGAGAGAGGAGAGGGGGGCCCGGGCUCGUCAUCAUCCUCGCUGUACUGCCAGCUGAGCAGCUCGGGGCUGAUGGGUAACACGGAGCUGAGCGUGGGCGCAGCCAUUGCCUGUUUCCUGGCACAGGAGGGCGCCAACAUCAACUACGCUAACCACAAAGGCAAGAGCCCGCUGGACCUGGUAGCUGACACAGCCGUGCUGCAGCUCAUCAAGAGCUUCUCUGAGAAGCAGAGGUUGCAGCGGCUGCAGGCCAUCACGUGCGGCACGUCACUGAGCAGCACCAGCCUGCGGCGGGUCCACACCACGCCCAAUACCAUGACUAACCUGGCCAUGCCAGUCCUGCCGGGGCCCAGCGAGUGUCUCAUCUGCUCCGAGCUGGCGCUGCUCGUCCUCUUCUGCCCCUGCCAGCACAGCGUCGCCUGUGAAGAGUGUGCUCAUCGAAUGAAGAAAUGUAUCAAAUGCCAGGUCACGAUCACCAAGAAAAUAAGACAAGACCAGACAGAGGUGGACUGCAGCCCGGACUCGGAGCAGCACAACCUGCUGGAGCAGCUGCAGUCGCGCUACCGCCAGAUGGAGGAGCGUAUCACCUGCCCCAUCUGCAUCGACAACCACAUCAAGCUGGUCUUUCAGUGCGGCCAUGCCUCCUGCAUCGACUGCAGCGCUGCCCUCAAGACAUGCCCCAUCUGCAGGCAGACCAUCCGCGAGCGCAUUCAGCUCUUCGUCUGACCCAGGCCCCCGUCCUCCGCCUCCUUUCUCCCCCCCCACCCCCCAUGAAGUGGCUCAGGGGUGGUCAGCUUGUUGCCCGUUUUCUGCUGGUGUCCGUUAGUCGGUCAGUCUGCUCCUCAGUCCUUUGGGAUAAGCCACUUGCUCGUCCAUCCUGGCUCAGCCGCUGCGCUGCGCUUUGUUGUGUUCUGUUAAAUGAAGUUGCGCCAGGGGUGUAAUCAUUACGCCGAUUCUGUUGCAAAACGUUUUGCCACAGAAACUGUUUACUCCAAACAGAAAAACAC